AUGAAAUGGAUUAAUAUAAAGAAAUUUGACAUACUGGGGAAGAUAUAUAGUGGGAUAUAUAGUACAAUUUUUCAAAUUAAGGACGGUACUAAAGAUAAAUUAUAUGCCUUGAAGGUUCCAAAUCAAGAAAUAAAUUUUAGACAAGAUGGUAAAGUUUACUUGGAGAAUGAAAUCAAGAUACUUUCAAGUAUUAGAAAUAAAUAUAUAAUAGAACUAGAGGGAGUUAUUAGAGAUAAGAAUACAAAUAUGGUUUAUAUGGUGUUGGAAUAUGUUCCUUUUACAUUAGAAGUAUUGAUAAAUAAAUCGUAUCAAUUAAGUAUUGAAGAAAAAAUCAAAAUAAUAUAUCAAAUAUUAAAAGGGGUUGAAUAUCUUCAUAAUAAGGAUAUUGUCCACUGUGAUCUAAAACCUAUGAAUAUUCUGAUUGAUAAAUACAAUAAUAUUAAAAUAUGUGACUUUGGGAUGGCAAGGAAAAUUAAUUGGUUAGAUAGCUGUGAAUAUUUUAGGGCUACAACACUAUGGUAUAGAAGUCCUGAAAUAUUACUAGGGGAUUUCAAUUAUACAAAAUCGUCUGAUAUAUGGUCUAUUGGUUGCAUAUUUGGAGAGUUAUUAUUAGGUAAGCCACUUUUUCAGGGUAAUUCGGAAAUUGACCAACUAUUAAAAAUAUUUCAAGUUACUGGAACACCAAAUAAUUCUUUAUUUGAAAAUUUUAAUUCGUUACCAUGUAUAAGAACUGGUGUCAUAUUUCCACAAUAUAAAGUGAAUUGGAAUCUUGAAUUUCAAGAUAAAUUAUCCCCUGAACUGAAAAAUAAAGUUUUAGAUUUACUAAUAAAACUUCUUAACCCAUGUCCAAAUAGAAGGACUAAUACAAAACAAGCUCUUAGACAUAAUUUAUUUUUUUUUGAAGAUGAAUAUUAA